UAUUGGAAGUCCCCUCUACAAUUCAACUAAAUACUUAUCAAAUCUGUUGUCCUAUGCCUUCGACAAAGAUGAAAGAUAUGUGAGAAACUCUUUCGAAUUCAUAGAUAGUAUAAAGGAUAUAGUCCUCCCAGAUAACUAUGUCCUUGUUUCUCUGGAUGUAACAUCUCUUUACACAAAUAUACCUAUUGAUCUUGCCAUUGAGUUGAUAGAGAGUAAAUGGAGUCAAAUCGAGCCACAUACAACCCUAACAAUUCAAGACUUCUUACAGCUUUUCAAUUUCUGCGUUGAGAACAGUUUUUUCGUCUUUAACGGCAAAUACUAUAAACAGAUUUUUGGACUAGGGAUGGGAAAUUGUCUUGCUCCUGUAGUGGCUGACAUCGUGAUGGUAGAGGUUCAGAAGAUUGCUCUAGGCCGACUUUCUUUCUGCAUACCUAUUUUUAAGAGAUACGUAGAUGAUAUCUGCACGUCGAUACCGGACGAUAAAGUGGAAGAGACCAUCACAGUGUUUAACAGCGUACAUCCACGAUUGAAAUUCACCAUUGAAGUCGAAUCACAGGAAAACACCUUACCUUUUCUCGACGUUUUGCUGAUAAGACAUGGCAAUGAAAUAAAAUAUAAUUGGUAUCGAAAACCGACUUUUUCAGGCAGAGUUUUAAAUUUUAAUUCAAAGCACACCAUCACACAAAAAAUUAAUAUUAUCAAUAAUUUGAAAAAUAGAGCUCUGAAACUGUCCUCUCCUGAAUUUCACCGAGACAACUUAAACCAAAUAAAAGCUAUUUUACAGAAAAAUGAUUAUCCCACCAAAAUCAUAGAAAAAAUUAUUUACAGAGAAAGUCGAGAACAAAUUCAAGAAGACAAUAUGAUUGAAAACAAAAAAUUUUACGCCCUGACUUACGUUGAAGGUUUAUCUGAGCAGAUAAGAAGAAAUAUUUUAUCGCUUGGUGUCGACGUAGCUUUUCGAUCUGAAAACACCAACAGAAAGCUUUUCACAAAAAUAAAAAGUACAACUCCAAAAGAAUUAUUGAGUAAUGUGAUCUACAAGAUUUGUUGCAAGGAUUGUCAGUCUACAUAUGUAGGACAAACAGGUCGGUAUCUUAAAGACAGAAUCUCCGAGCAUGAAAGAGAUUCCCUCAACAUACUCAACCCUCUAAAAAAGAAAAAAGACAACAACACCGCCUUAGCAGAACAUGUAUCAAAUACACUCCAUUCUUUUGAUUUUAACAUCGACUCAAUAAAAAUAUUAGGACACCAAAAAAUUUUAAAAAAAAGGUUACUACAUGAAAUGAUCUCUAUAAAGCAGGAUGAAAAAUCCAUUAACAGGAGAACAGAUAUUGAUAGUUUGAAUACAGCCUAUUACUAUCUCAUCAACAAAAUGAAAAGAAAAAUAACUUGAACGAAUUAUUAAUAUUGAACGUCAAUGUCAUCUCGGUAGAUCAAAACACAAUUCAAUUUUACUUAUAACAUAUGUGUGAUCACAGCAGUCUGUUUCCGAUUUGUCCAAUUUUUGGUUAAAUUCUCGUUUGAUGUUGUCUAAGAGUGUUAUGUGUUUCAUAUCUUUCAUGAUUUUGACUAUAAAACCACAAAAAGACUAGCCCUGAAGAAGAUUUUAGAAUAAAAUCGAAACAUGUCGGCAAUGGUCUGAGAAGUGGUUUUUAUUCCAACAACCUGACCUUCAACCCUGUUAAGCGGAUUGGUUAUCUUUUCUAAUUACAGUUACUCCUGAAGAUGUCCCAAACUGGGGACGAAAUAUAGAGUAUGAGAACGAA